UGUUCACAAUCGUGUAUCGUUCUUCGAGACCGACAUACGCAUUCAGGUUAACAAAUUAACACGACCAAUUUAUACGUUAAUUGGUCCCGAGUGACCGCGGCACUAGCUGUGUUAGAAAAUAUCAAUAUACAAUCUAUUGAUCUUAACGUUACAACCUAUGGCAGAGUCGCGAGAUAAAACUUGCUUGUUUUCCUUAUCAAGAUGAAUGUUGGCGAUAAAAAUAUCUGAAGCUAAACUAUACGCCAGGAGCAGCGCGCGGCCGUCGUAUGUCUUCUAACAAUAUAGUGAUUGAAACUGUUAAAAUGUGGGCCAAACUAUUUACAACAGUGAAAUAUACGUUAGUGAUAGUGAACUUCCUGUUUCUGAUAACGGGCAUAAUAAUUUUGUCUGUGGGCAGCUCGGUACAGUCAGCAUACAAUGGAUAUCAUGAGUUCUUAACGGAUAGGUUCCUGUCUUUGCCUGCCUUCUGCAUCGCUACUGGAGUGCUAAUUUUCCUGAUCGCCUUCUUUGGCUUCUAUGGCGCCUACACGGAAAAUUACGUGAUGAUCAUGGCGUUUGCAGGUGCCAUGAUAGUGAUGUUCAUCUUUCAACUAUCAGCGUGCAUAGCCGGGUAUGCACUAAAGAGCAACACUAUAGCCCUGGUUCAGCAGCAGCUGUAUAACACCAUGCCACUUUACCAGAACAAAGAGUUUGUCGUGCAGAAGUUAUGGGACGAAACGCAAGAAGAGUUCGAAUGCUGUGGCGUUGUGAACGCCAGCGACUGGCUAGCCCCCUUGGGCACGACGGAUUCUGGUGGUCUUCCAGUGAGCUGCUGCAGACAUGACUACGGGGCUGUCCAGAUCUUCGAAUGUACCAUACGCAACGCAUUCACCACGGGCUGUUCGGAUGCUUUUGGAGAGUGGGUGCGGAGUCACGCGGGUACCAUCGGUGCGGCUGGGAUCUUCCUAGUUCUUUUGCAGGCCUUGGCGGUAGCAGGAGCAAUUUGGAUGGCGAAAGUUUCAAGAGAAGAACAGAGUGCUUACCCUUAAUAGUCUUUAUAAAUAUGAAAUGUAAAUAAAUGUUUUUAAUGAGUCUUAAACUGUAUUUAUGUGGAAAAAAGUUUUUUUUAAUGUAAACUUAGGUACAUGAAGAUACGUAGCCUCUGAAUCACGAAAAUCUGAAUCUUUAGUACCUACCAUUAUUGAAAGUGAUAUUAUUGUUAGUGCCGAUUUUUAAGUGAAAUCUGUAUGAAUAUACUUAGAUUCUUAGUCCGAAUAAGACUACUUUUUUCUGGAAAAUUUCCAUGGAAACAAGAAAAUCUGGAAUUCCUGGAAAAGGUAACAAAUAAGUUUUCAGAUUUCUGUGCAUGGAAUCAAUGGGUCCGAUGUGAGAAUAUGAGGCUAUAGUUUGGGUAGGUAUUAGUUUUACACACACAGUUAUAUAACGUCUUUAUCUCUUACGGGGUAGUCAGAGCUGAAAGUCACUUAUUAUUAGCUCAUUAGUUCUUUGAAUCCUAACGUUUAUUUGGCAUAUAAUUCAGAAAUAGGCUGCUUUCGCAAAUCGCCUCGGAGGAGAAAUCAACUUAAAAGAAAAUUUAAUUUUAUCAAACUUCAUUUAAACUCAUCUUUAUAAAUUUUAUUCAUCUAUUGACACUGCUAGACAUUGCCUAUGUCUAGUUUUAAAUAAAAUUUAUUAUUGCCUGGCACGUAAGUUGAAGCAAAAUUCUGCUCUGUGAACGCUGCGCAGAAGAUUUUUUCAUUUCAUUUCCCUGUAAUAUCAAAUUCUGGAAUCAACUUAUAUACGUGUAAAAAAAUAUAUGACCACAAAAUAUAAUUUCCAGGUGAAUUGUUGAUAAAUGUAUCUAAUAAAUGAACGUUUAUUACUAAAACGUAAACUUUAGUAAUAAAUGUUCUACUAAGAUUUAUUUUUCUGAAAAUCUUGAAACUGUAAAACAGUGUUACUGUUGUAGGAACAAUAUAAAAGAAAGUAAGGAAAUCAUUGCCAAAGAAUUGGUGAAUUUUGCAUCUUAUACCAGCGUAGAAAAUAAUGUAAGUACAUACUUUUAUAAAAAAAAUGCAUUUUUGGGUCUUUGUCGCACUUGCACUGUUAUUUAUAAGCUUAAGCAUAUAUGUACACUAAUGUAUAUAAAUAAUAAAUGAUAAAAAAUAUAAUUCUUGUUAAAUUAUAAAAAAAUAUAUGUUGUUGUAUUA